AAAAAAAAUAAAAUUUUGAUGUAAAAAUAAUAAAAAAAUUCUAUUAUUUUAACAUAAAUUAUUUACAAAUCAUUUAAUUAAAAUUUUCAACUUAAAUAAAAGAAUAAUUCUUAGAAUGGCAGUUAAUGUUUCCACAGCCAUCAGUGUUUGUUUAUAUUGUAAAACAACAUCAGAGAGUGAUACUACAAAGGAAUUUCAUGAGAUCUUUGAUGAAGUGGGAGUGGAAUUGCAAUUACCCACUUUAGUGGAAAAGUUUUUUCGCAUUAAGGUGAAGAAUGAAGAUAAACAAAGUUUGUGUGAAGAUUGUGUUAAUAAUUUAAUCGAGUUAUAUGACUUGGAAGAACACACCAAACAAGAACAUGGCAAGGCGGAAAAUUCUCUUGGGUUAAAUAUUCAGCCGGAAGCUGAAGAAGAGGAAAAUAGUGAAGUAGCUUGUACAGAAGAAGUUGAGAAACUAAAUCCUGAAUAUCUACUGAAAUGUACAAAGCAACUUGUAAAAGAAGUUAAUGAACAGCAUACCAAUUUGCUUGAAACUUUAACGACCGAGUAUACAAAUAUAAAAAUUACAGCUCAGGAGGAUAAAGAUAAUGAUGAUAUCGAUGAAAAUGAGACAGAAGACAAUGAUAACAUCGCAAAAGAUAAAACUGCUUACUAUGCUAGAGAAACUAUUAAUAAUACUGAGAAUUUUAUAAAUAAUUUGGUAAUUGAGAAUGAUGAACAAUCCUUUAAUAACAUAAUAGCUAGUACUACCGCAGACGUAACAAGUGCAGCUGAAGAAGAAUGUUCUGAAGAUAUUGUAUUUGUGGAAGAUGAAGAAGAAGAAAAUGUAAAUAAUUCUAAUAUUUUAAUUGCCACUCAUAUAUCUUCCGAAGAAUUUGAGCUAAUGGAUGAGAAUGAAAAUGAUGAGGAAAUUGAAGAAGAUGAACAAAAUUCAGAGAAUCAUUUUUCAUAUAAUAAUAAAAAUGAGUUUAUAGAAGAACCUCAACAGGAAGAGAAUGAAAUUAAUAAAUCUAUAUUGGAAGUUAGUACAUCUAAUACUCCUACGAAGGAAAAUGAAGCUCUAACUGAGGAUGCUGUAGAAAACGAAGAACUUGAACUUGUUUACUAUGAAGAAGAUUUACCAAGUGAUAAUGAAAAUGUAGGCACAAGUAAUGAAACGGCAUUGGAAGAUUUGAAAAAUAUUAAUAGGGAAUUGAAUUCUUUGCAAACAGAAGAUGAAAGUACUGUGGAUUUAGAUAAUGAAUCAUUAAAAUCAAAUAUUUCUAGCGGAGCUAAUAUUAAUAAAAAUGUUAUUGAUGCAAAGAAAGCUGUUGAAAAUGAUGAGGAUGAUCCUCGGGAGGAUACCUACUCCUUGGAAGAAGAGUAUUUAGUUGAAGAUAUCAUUUGUUCUCAAGAAUAUGACACUGUUGACCUAAAUGAGUAUUUGGAUAAAGUUUUAGUAACAAAAUUUCAAGAUUUACAAUUGAAUUGGGAUAUCGAAUGUGAAUUGUGCCAUGACAAAUACAAUAACUUACCGGAAUUAUUACAACACAGCUGUGUAACAGAAUUCGAGGAAGAACAACAAUAUCGAUGUAUUUUUAAGGAUUGUGGAGAAGAUAUAAAUACUUUGCAGACAUUAGCCAGACAUUUAGUUUUACAUCAUUAUGACAAAUUGGAAAACACCAUUAUUUAUAGCAAAUGUCCAGAUUGUCAGAAAACAUUUUCGAAUUUUAUUGAGUUGAAUAAACACUCUUGCUGCCGUAAUAUUAAGAAAAAAAAUGGAGCUCCCAAUCAUUGUCAGUCAUGUAAUUUGGAUUUUCAAUCUUUGAAGAGAUUUGUUUUUCAUAUGCAAUUUCAUUUGACGAAUCAUCGGCCAAAGGUUUGUCUAUUGUGUGGUGCUUUAUUCAAUAAUUCCAAUGAUUUCUUUGAACAUACACAAUACAAACAUAAUCCUGCCACAGCUAUGGCAUGCAUAGAAUGCGAUAGAUUCUUUAAAGAAAAAGAGGUCUAUGACAGCCAUAUGGAAUUGCAUGAGGAAUCAAAAUAUCAAUAUGCCUGCAGCUAUUGUCCUAAAAAGUAUACCAACAAAGCUGGCCUCAAUCAGCAUGUAGAUAUUUAUCACAAUAACAAAUCCUCUGCUAUACAAUGUGAUUUUUGUGAAAAAGAAUUUGUUAAUCAGGCCUCCUAUCGUAAUCAUGUUAAAUCUCAUGCUGCUGAUGUACAAAUAGAAAGUUAUGUCUGUUCAACGUGUGGCUUUAUAACCAAUGAUUGUGAUUUAAUUAAGGAACAUAUUGAAGCAGAUGCCGAAUCCCCUUGCUUUUCUUCUCCCCUGGAAGAAAAGCUAUUAGCUCUGGGUUAUACUUGUGAGAAUUGUUCCAUUGAUUUUCAUACCAUUAAACAGCUUAAGGAACAUCGUUUGAGUAACAAACAUAAAGAUACAUUGUUUUACUGUGGCAUUUGUCGUCGAGCUUUUAACUCACUACGUCACAUGCGUAAUCAUGCUAUUAAUCAUAAAGAUUUUGAAAAAUGGCAGGAAGCUUUUCCAAUAACACGUUAUUUUGUGUGCAAUAUAGGUGAUUGCCAAGAGUUUUAUCCAAUUUGGACUUCAUUGUAUUAUCACAAAAAACGUCCGCAUAAAAGUAAAGAAGUUAAAGAUGAUAAACCUUUGGAGUUUAAGUGUCAAUUCUGUCAACAGUUGUGCACCUCGAAAAUGUCGUUGGCUGUUCAUGUAGCUAGAAGUCAUAAUAAUUCCAAUAUUUCUUGUUCUCACUGCAAACGUACGUACAAGACUCAAAAACUGUUGCAGGAACAUAUAGGUAAAUUCCAUACAGCCAUAAAAUGUGAAGUUUGUUUUAAAAAUUUCAAAAAUCGGCGAAAUUUAGAAUCACAUCGUAAUUUGGUGCAUCUUAAUAUGAAACGUUAUUUCUGUCAAUAUUGUGAAAAGGGCUAUUUUCAUAAAAGCGAAAAAGAAGCACAUGAAAAGAAAGUACAUUCCGAAUUUCCCUAUAAAUGUGAAAUUUGUGAUUUCAUGACGAACUAUGAAAAAUCUCUGGAAGUUCAUAUGGAUAAACAUAAUAAUCAGCAAAAAUUCAAAUGUACAAUUUGUAAUAAAACCUUUGGUAGGAAACAACUUUUAACCAUACAUACAAAACGUCAUGAAAAUAAGAAAGAGUACAUUUGUUCAAAUUACUUAAAUGAAGAUGGCUGUAGUGCAGCAUUCUAUACGUAUAAUCUUUUAAAGACACAUAUUCAAACGAAACAUCAAAAUGACAACAAACGUAAAAGAUCUUUAAAAAAAUAUGUUGUACAAGUUGAUGAUAAAUCAUAUGAAAUAUUUAAUGUCGAUGAAGAGAGUACACAACAAGUUAAACGUUCAAAAACUGUAACAUCUAUAGAGAAUAAUGAUAAAUUCGAACAGGAUGCUAUUGAAUUAGUAUUGGAAGAUGAUAUAGAAUCAUUACAUGAGCAGACAAGUGAUGAAUUCGAAACAAUAUGUGGUUAAUGUAAUCAGAAUAUGUCAUGACAAGUAAGUUUAUUUAAAUUUUGAAAGAAAUUUAAACAUUAUUGAUUUAAUGAAUUAAAUUUUGUUACAUUGUAAAGAAAAAUUUAGUUUAAAAAACUUUAAAAAUUUGAUUCGAAAUUGAGAACAGAUUUGUUUAAAAAACUAGUGUUGUGAAAAGUAACAGAAUUUAACUUUGUGUGUUAAAAAGUGUGUUUAAGUGAAAAAUCCACCAAUAAAACAUAUUUCC